ACAUUCACGUCUGUUUGGCGGUUGCCCUUCACUUGUUUGGGAACGCGUCGGCAACGUGAGUUAAUGUUGCUGCGGACGUUCUAACUCUCCGCCGUCGCUAAGUGCUAGUUUGUCUUUGCUAGCCUCAGCAGGCAAGUAUCGCCCGCUCGCUGUAACAACGGCGUCCGUCCUCUCUCUGUGUUUUGGCCGGCUGCGAUGUUCGCAGGGAGUGCAGGCCGGCGGCUCGCCCGUUGCUUUCAACAUGACUUCUGACUGAGUAACGUCGCGACUUGUCUUUUCGACUCAUUAUGAACAGCGAGGAGGAGUUUUACGACGCCGAGACAGGUUAAUGUCAUUGGAAAGCUUGCUCAACACAGAAACUGAGAACGGACACUAACAGUAAUGCCACUGCUACUCCUACUGGCAAGAGCAUCUGGCUCUUGCUGUUGUUGGUGCCAGCAAAUGUGUUUUGCUACCCUCACCCUGCAAUCAAGUCUGCAGCUGUGCAUUAAGGAGAUCGAAUAGUCCACUUUGAUGUGUCUUUAAAUCCUUGGAUUACUCAUCAGAAGAAUCUGGCGGUUCACCACCUUGCUCAAGGACACUUGGACAUGGUCACAGGGGCUGAUGUUCGAAUCCACAACCUUUGGGUUGGAAGACGACCGCUCUACCACCUCAGCCGUGCUGGCCUCAACUUAAGACGAAAUCAAUAAUAACUGCUUUGAAAGAAUGAAAAAUGAUGAUAAGUGAUACAGAAAAUGGAUGGAUGGAUGAAUGUAAUAAUCAGUUUUUAUGAAACUCUCUGUAAAGCACAAUGGAUUUUCCUUGUGUAUGAGUGGUGCCCUGCCCUGCCCUGCCCUGCCCUGCCCUGCCUAUUGUUUUGGUUGGUUCCCAGCCCCUACUUGGUAUGAUGCAGUAUACCUGUAGUUCUACAAAGGCUUGUGAGUGUUUAUUGCUUGUUGUGCACAAACGAAAAGAUUUGUCUUUUUUCAGGACUCGAGUCAGAUGAUUCCUUGGACAUCAGUUUCAAGGACCCCCUGGGGUUUGACAGCAGUGACCAAGUCACUGAUGGCUCCGCCGCAGUGUGGCGACGUAGGAAAAGUCUGCCUGCUGAAAUGAUCACCAGAAACAAUUUCAGUGUGACAAGCAUACUGAAGAAAUGUAUCGGCAUGGAGCUGUCCAAAAUAGCUAUGCCGGUUGUGUUUAAUGAGCCACUGAGCUUCCUCCAGAGACUCUCGGAGUACAUGGAACACACUCACCUCAUCCGCAGAGCCUGCGGUUUGCCUGACUCCAUAGACCGCAUGCAGGUGGUUGCUGCCUUCGCUGUUUCAGCUGUAGCAUCUCAGUGGGAACGGACUGGAAAACCAUUUAAUCCUUUACUGGGGGAGACCUUUGAACUCACAAGAUUUCUUUUUAUUUUUUUCCAUAGAGAAGAAGACGGCUACAGGUUGAUCUCAGAGCAGGUGAGCCACCACCCACCCAUCAGUGCCUUCCACGCAGAGUCUCUGAAGCAAGAAUUUGCAUUCCAUGGAUCCAUUUACCCCAAACUCAAGUUCUGGGGCAAAAGUGUGGAGGCCGAGCCCAAAGGCACCAUGACACUGGAGUUAUUGAAACAUAAAGAAGCAUACACAUGGACCAACCCAAUGUGCUGCGUGCAUAACGUUAUCAUAGGAAAGCUUUGGAUCGAGCAGUAUGGAACAGUUGAGAUUGUGAACCACAGCACGGGAGAAAAGUGUGUGUUGAACUUCAGACCAUGUGGAAUGUUUGGAAAAGAGCUGCACAAAGUGGAAGGUUACAUACAAGACAGCAGUAAGAAGAAACGGCGUGUCAUUUACGGCAAGUGGACCGAGUGCAUGUAUAGCGUGGAGCCCAAAGUUUAUGAAGCGCACAAGAAGGCGGGAGCAGACGCAAAAAAGCUGAAGCAGGAACAUAGUUGUGAAGAUGAGAAUGCAGUUCAAGAGACUGUGACUGUGAUACCAGGAAGCGCCUUACUCUGGAGGAUAUCGCCACGGCCUGCUCAUUCGGCACAGAUGUACAACUUCACCAACUUUGCCGUGACGCUGAACGAGCUGGAGCCCGGCGCGGAGCGACGACCGGCACCGACCGACAGCCGGCAGAGGCCUGACAUCCGAGCCAUGGAGAGCGGAGAUAUCGAUUCUGCAAGUGCAGAGAAAGAGCGCCUGGAGGAGAAACAGAGGGCCGCACGCAGAGAGAGAUUCAAGGACGAGGAGGAGUGGUCGACCAGUUGUGAAAUGAGAUUUGAAUUGGAGCAUCAGAGGGGAUGUUGGGAUUUAACGGGCCAAUGUGGUAGGGAGAGGCCUGCGGGUGACGGACUUCGAAGGUGGUUCGAGCCGGGAACCAACUCUCACACCGGCGCAGAGGAUUGGCUGUACAAGGGUGGAUACUUUGACAGGAACUUUGCCGACUGUCCCGACAUUUACUGACAAUGGUAGAUGAUUUCUCUCGGAAUCUUACAAUAGGUGUGACGUAUGGGGGGAGGGUCUGCGGUAGCGUUUGAACUGACCGCGUCCGUGAUGGUGAAUGUCAUCCACGGGAAAGGUUCGAGUAAGUUUACUUACUGUAGAUGUUGAUCUUAUGCCCGCUGUCCUCACCUUUGCUAUGCUCUACUAAUCGUACUCCACAUAGAGUAAAUGUUACACAGCUGUAAACGGAUUUCAACCACCCGUGUGAGCUACAUACCGUCGGGCCUCUGUUUAAGUUCAGGUGCUAACUUCCAAUGUUACAUUUAUACACACCGCGUACUUCUGUCAAAUCGCAUUCAAAUAUCAGGGGUUAUUUAGAAACAUGCGCUAUUUUUCUAUAAUCUGUUAUAGAAUAUUAAAAGCCGGUUAACCCACUCUAAAGACAGCAUGCGUGUUUUCUUUCACGAGCAGGAAACUUAGAAAAGAGCUGCAUUUCCCCAAAUUUACUUGCACAGUAAAAUGCGACGGCUGCUAAAAUCUGUUGUCAGCUGCUUCUGAUGGUGUGUAAAAUGUUUGGUGCACGCAUGACAUUCAAAGCUAAUCUUUUACACAUGUUAAAGCCAUAAAAUGUCUUCUGCACUAAGGGGAAAUACUGUAAAUCGAUUCCUAUUGACCCUCAAAGUCAAGGGAUUAUGAGCAUUUUAGGUUUAACCGAAAGCUGUGACGAUACAUAUUUUAGACUUUAUAUUCACGUAACAACCAUUAAUUCGGACAUAGGAGUGAAGAUUUGAGAUCAUUUUCUUCCAACAACCAAAGUCCUGUGUGAGAACAGAGCUGGAACCUAUGCAAGCUGAUCCAUCCCGCGAACCCUUCUGAAAUGUGAAACGUAUCAACAUUUCAUUCCGGUUGAGCUUUGCAGCCGACGUGUGAUGAUCACCGCUGAGCGAGGGUGUAUGGAAUGUGAUGCAGCAUGCUUAUUAUUAUUGUUUCUGAGCACUGACGUUGCAUAAAACUGCACAGUAGAAGGCUCAGGUUGUCCUAUGCACAUAUUGUUUGAUGAACAAUGCUUAUGUGAGUUCCAAGCACCUUCAACCCUGAAGACACUAAAGGUGCAGGAUUUGUUUGGGUCCUGUAAAUGAUGAGAGUUUAUAUUGUCUGUUUGGUGAUCAUCCCUCUGACAUGAGACACAGCCACACACAAACCAGGUAUACUUAAAAAAAUAAAAAUAUGGACUAUGAAAAUAAACUGGUUGUGUCAAGCGUUAUUUGUUUACUCUGUAUUACCGUGAAUCUGUGAUUCUGAAAUUGGGACACUUGGGCUCUCUGUAGUGGUACAUGAAAGAAUCUGUAAAUUCAAUGUGACGAUGACAAACAAGUGUAAUACAUACAUAUAUGUAUGUAUGUAUAUUUAUUUAUUUUGUUGUUGUUGAGUACAGUUCAGGUGUAUUUCUCGGUAAAAUAGUUGCAUUGAAUCUUGUAGAACUGGGCGGGUGACGACACGUGAGCGUUCAGUUUUCAAACAGGUUUAUUGUGUGAGUGCUAAUCUUACAUAACAUUUUAGAAAGAAAGCCUCUGCCUUGUUUUUGAACACGUAGGCCUUGUACACUACUGUAUUGUAUUUUUUUGUCAUGAUGGUGGCACUUGGAGAACCAAGUAUUUUUUGAGGUGGUACUUGGUGGAAAAAAAAGUUAGAACUACUCCCAUAAAUACUUGUAAGAUGCCAAUAAAAUACAUUUAUGAACCACAA